UCCUUGAUUUUGCGAAUUCUAGAAUCUUAAAACCCUGUCUUCCAAUCACAAACCCUAGAUUUUAUCCCCUCUUUUUUUUUUCGAUUCUAUAUUCCUUUUUAUCAUCCGAAUUCUCUUGAUCUGUGAGGUUCCUCGGUUGAAUUCUCCCGGUCUAAUUUUUUGUUUUUGUCAUUCAUUAAAUUCUCAGAUUCUGGGGCAAACGAGCCAGAUUCCUUUGAUUCGUUUCUUUUUUUGUUUCAGAUUUCAAUUGAACCCAGAAUCAAAUUCGCAAACUUGAAGUUGAAUUUCGUCGGAGUAACCUUGUUCAUCAAUUGGGUAUUAGCUAAAAUCUUAGAUCUGAAUUGAGUAAAAACUUCAAUUUCGAGUUUUGUCGGUGCUUUGGAAUUGGAGAUUUGAUGAAGUGAAAAAGGGGAAAGAGGAACGAUGACUGGAUUGGGCAUUCGAUCCAGUAGCUAUGGUUCCUUGGAGAAGACGACGACGCAGAACGGCAUCGUUUUGCCUCUCCAGACGACGAUGACGACACGAAGCAAACCAUCUAAGAUGCAGAAGGACAGAGAAGGGAUUGUUCAUUGGAUCUGCAAGUUCGCAGGUCGUAAGAAGGUGGGCAUGUUGCUUCUCUGCUUAAUCUCUGCCAUCGUCUUCGUUUGGGUCCUUUAUGUCGGAAAAGGUGAAGAUGCUCGGGAAGUUCAAGGUCCUUCGAGUCUACAAUUGAACGUAAUAAACUCGACUGUAAAUGAUCCCGACACUCAGAAAAUCAGCUAUAACCGAAAUCUAUCUUCCUCGAUAGACAUCUCCGUGUACCCACCACCUCCUCCUCCAUAUUUUCUUGGCUAUACGCUUCCUCAAGGACAUCCGUGUAACAGUUUCACAUUGCCUCCCCCUCCGGCUGACAAAAAGAGAACCGGGCCAAGGCCAUGCCCAGUCUGUUACCUUCCGGUGGAAGAAGCAAUUGCCUUGAUGCCAAAAGCUCCGUCAUUUUCCCCCGUUCUGAAGGACUUAAGCUAUAUAUAUGAGCAACCGCUAAACAAAGAAACCGAGUUUGGAGGGUCAGAAUUUGGUGGUUAUCCUUCAUUGAAGCAGAGGAAUGAUUCUUUUGACAUUAAAGACACAAUGAGCGUGCACUGUGGAUUUGUUAAAGGACCUCAACCGGGACGUGGAACCGGAUUUGACAUUGAUGAGUCUGACCUUCGUGACAUGGAGCAAUGCCAUGGGAUAGUUGUUGCUUCAGCAGUAUUUGGUGCUUUUGAUGAUGUAAAGGAGCCAAAAAGGAUCAGCAAGCAUUCUGAAGAAACCGUAUGUUUCUACAUGUUUGUCGAUGAAGAAACUCGUGAAUUUUUGAAGAGAGAACGAGGCCUUGACGACACUAAGAAAAUAGGAAAAUGGAGAAUCGUCGUUGUUCAAAAUCUUCCUUAUUCAGAUGGACGGCGCAAUGGAAAGAUACCGAAGCUUCUGGUGCAUAGGUUAUUUCCAAAUGCUCGGUUUUCGAUAUGGAUUGAUGGGAAGCUUGAGCUGGUAGUAGAUCCCUAUCAAAUUCUCGAGAGGUUCUUGUGGAGGAAAAAUGCCACAUUUGCAAUCUCGAGACAUUACAAACGGUUUGAUGUACUGGUUGAAGCCGAAGCAAAUAAAGCUGCUGGUAAAUAUGAUAACGCUUCCAUUGACUUUCAAGUGAAUUUCUAUAAGAACGAGGGCCUGACCCCUUAUUCCGAGGCUAAACUCCCGAUCACAAGUGAUGUUCCAGAAGGCUGUGUCAUUAUAAGAGAGCAUGUUCCCAUCAGUAACCUAUUUACUUGCCUCUGGUUCAAUGAAGUGGACCGCUUCACUUCCAGAGAUCAAAUCAGUUUCUCAACCAUAAGAGACAAGGUCACAUCCAAAACAAAAUGGACCCUCAAUAUGUUCCUUGACUGCGAAAGACGCAACUUUGUGGUUCAGAGAUAUCAUCGAGCGGAACAAGAGAUGUUGGCGAGGAGACGACCUCGGCUACUGCCUCCUCCUUCUCCUCCACCGCCUUUGAACGUCGACUUGCCUCGGAAAUUGUCUUACGGAAGUCGCAUAAGGGAGAGGAUCGUGAGUACGACCCCUGUCAGAAGGCGUGGGAGAGACAAAAGAUCGAGUUCGAGGCACAGGAAAGCUUCAUUUCCUUCUGCAUUGUGAGCUUGAGAAGAAGGAAGGAACCCUACAAAAGUUUUUCUUAGGGUUCUUCCUCUUCAUGGGAUGGAGAAAUUAUAUUUUCAUUUUUACCCCCACAUCACGUUUUCUGUUUUUUUUUUAUUGUGUUCUUCAUUAUUCAGGAUUCAAAAUCAUUUUUUAAUGUAUAUACAUAUAUACAUGAACAAUUGUACUUGGAAGAUAAAUUAUAGUUUGGAAUUUUUCAACAAAGGGUUAUAGUUUUA